UACUGCGACUGCGCUUACGAUCUACAUUUAUUCCAUUGGCGAUAUUGAUUGACCAUCGAGUAGAUAAAAAUGCGCAAACAAUUUGAUUUUUUCAUUUCGAAUUGUCACUCAACGAAUUGGAUCGUCACAGCACAAGAUCACGGCAUUACAAUUGCAACACUAAGUGUGGCAAGUGCUAACGCGGAAGCUCAAAAAACAGAGCUAAUUCUAAAAUACUACUCCACCGAAAUGGAUUUCUUUGCCGCUGGCGGUUUCCAACAACUAUUCAGCGAUUUAAAUGACACGCAGCUGCAUGAAAACUGGACGGAUAUCAGUGCUGAAGAGGAGAGUGAAUCGCCGCUUUACAGUUACAAUUGCUGCGCAGAGCAAACAAAUGAAAGCAGCAUGCGACUCUCCUGCACGAAUGAUCCUUACAUACUUGCUGAGAUGCCGAGUGAGAAAAUGAGAGUGGAAUUGCAAGUGGAUUGGGAAGAAAGCAUGGUGGAAUUGAACAACAACACAUAUGAGGAGCAAACAACGAACACAGACUACACGGAAAGUGAAGGAAACAAUGAGCAACAUCUGCAGCUUUCGCUGGAUCGACUGCUGAGCUCGCCACCUGAGGUCUCAAUAAAGGACCCUGCACCCAAUUCACCUACGGAGCCUACGAACUACCAAACAUUAACUACUCAAAGUUACAGUGAACCAGAAUAUCAGAACGACAGUAGUCCCGUUAGCAUAGAUUCCACAAUUGUGGUGGAGUUCGAGACGGCUGCCUUCAUAACACGCGAAAUGGCUGAGUGGGAGGAGAAGUUUCUGGAUAACUAUAUUGAAAUACCAGAGCUCAUCGACUUUCUACCUGAGAAGACCCCACUUUGCACUGAUACCUGCGAUCAUUUUCUACACGAAAGUUCGAAAAAUCUAAAACUGCAUCGCAAAGCGCGUACUACAAAACGCACGAAUGAGUCCGGUUGUCAAGCUGAAGCCGCCGCCGCCGCCGGUUAUCCAUGCACUUUUGGCAAUUGCGAUAAGAUUUACGCGAAACCUGCACACCUGAAAGCACAUCUGCGGCGUCAUAUGGGUGAAAAGCCCUACACCUGUGAUUGGCCUGCGUGUACGUGGAAGUUUUCACGUUCCGAUGAGUUGGCACGCCAUCGGCGUUCGCAUUCGGGUGUGAAACCCUACAAGUGUAGUUAUUGUAUGGAAUGUUUUGCACGCUCCGAUCAUCUAACGAAGCAUCGCAAGGUGCACGAGCGGCGUCUGUUGGCGGCGAGUAAAGCUGGAAAGGCGAUCGAUGGUGUGCUGGCGCAUAGCGUGUUGACGGUGCGACCGGGACGUAAGCGAAAGAAUCAGUUAUAACAUGAGGGGAGGGUUGUGCAAACGGUGUUGUUGUUAUUAUUAAAAAAAUAUUAUAGUUUAAGUGAUUUUAAUUGUUUGAAUAAGUUGUGUUAAAU